ACAGAUCUCUCUCUAAAAAAAGCAAAAAAAGCUCUAAAAAACCAUUCAUGGCCUUUUUUGUUGUCAUUAUUAGCAACACUUGUUGUGUUUAACCGUUGCUGUUGUGCUUAUCUGUAUUGAAUUCUUCAUUGAUAACUCUAAUCUGAAAAAAAACUGAAGUUUUACGUUUUGGGUAUUCGAGAAUUCUACUUUUUUUUUUGCUGGGUCGAAAUUUUGAGGCCAUUGAUGUGGGUUCUUGAUUUAUUGUAGUAGUUUUGGGUAUUCCUGAAUUGGGUUGUCAGAAAGUUGUGAUCUUUGAUUUGGGGUUGUGAGUAUUUUGAGUUUCAUGAUGGGGUUUUAGAGAAUUUUGAUUAUUUUUUUUAUAUGGGUUUGUUAGAAUUUUGAGUUUUUUUAUAUGGGUUGUGAGAAUUUUGAGUUUUUUGAUAUGGGUUUUACAGAUUGGAUGAUAUAGUUGAGUUUUUGAUUCAACUGGGCAUGUAGGGUGCCAGGUGAAUGAGCUGCAAUUUGGUAACUGAAGAGACACAGUUACUUUUUGUUGUUAGAUAGUUUGCAUUGUUUGAUUCUUUUUACAAGUGAAUUGGGGUUUGGAUAUUUGUUAGGAGUUUUUAGAGAAUUUGGAAUCUUUGGUUGGUUGUUGCUGACAUGUUUGGUUGGUUGGUUUCCGCUAGAUUGGCUUCAAGGAGUUAGAAAGGAGUUGUAUACAUAAAUUUGUUGAUUUUUUUGCUUUAGAACAAUUUUGUUAAUAUGUCUGGUGGAACACCUGCUGGUAGCGGUAGAUAUGUGAGGCAGAGGCUUAGUCAAGGAUAUGGUUCGAGUGGCGAUGAUCUUGAGGAUGAUGCUUGUUCUAGAUUUGUAUCACAAUCACAUUCAAUUCCCAGGACAAGAACAUGGACUGAGAUUUUAGAGAAUUUUCUUUGGAUUGCUUCUGCAAUAUUCAUUGUAUACUAUGGUGAUCGGCAUCAUAAUUUGAUUUUCCUUUUGUGGCAUGAUGAUCGAAUUAGGAGAUUACCACUUUACAUUGGGAUGUUUGGUGUUGGUUUGAAUGUUUUAUUUUUCAUCCACACAAGUAUGUUGGCUUUGGGUGUCCGGAAGUCCUAUGAGAAGUGGGAGAUUUCCAGUACAGCUGCCCUUCCCUACAUCACUGGGCUUGGGAUCCUAUCUUUCCUCUUGUUCUGUUGUGCUCUGUGGCCUAUAUGGAGCUUGUUGACCCUUCCACUUGUGUUCACUCUAUUCAUGGCUUGCAUGGUUAUACUGCCAUAUUUGGUUCUCAGGAGAUUCAAGCUGCAAACUGAUUUGUUUCGUACAGAUUAGAUACGUCGUGUUAACAAGCAUAGUUUUACAUCUCACUGACUUAGCUGAAGGCGUAUAGGAGUUUAUGAAUGAUUCAGAUCAAUUCAGUUGUUCAAAGUUCGUUUUUGAAUGAAUAGUUUUGGGUGAAGUAAAUAUUUGUAAGUUUUGAUAGUGUUUCGAAAGUGCAUCAGAUUGUAUAAGUUUUUGCAACAUUCAUGCUGACCAAGAGUGAAUUUGUUCCCCUCAUGAACUA